UCUGCUUCCAAUUCCACAUUCUUCCUUCUACACUCUUCCUUACUUCCUUCCCUUCCGACGCCCUUAGCAAUUCCCUCGGUCCGCCCCUGCAUUGUGCAUUUUGGAGUAGUAUAUAUAGUAGCGCUCGGCGUCAGAGUGCGCAUCCUUGAUUUUUACACAAGCUGAGUUGUUAUGAUUGGAGUGUGGCUGACGCAGUGUGUCCAAUUGUGGUCUACAGCUCUCCAGCUCUCUGAGAGAUAGUUUGGCAACUGAGAUUGAGAUUUUUGUGAGCGUCCAUUGUGGGAGGUUGGUCGUUCAAUUAGAUCGGUCGUUCCUUGAACUCCGACGCUCUUAGGUCGCAGCUUGGGUGAAACGCAGUUGAGUGCAUAUUCUUCGGGUCCUGCGUUCUUGAGAAAUUGAGACAGAUAUGGCUCUCUCGCUGUUUGGCAGCCGUGGCAACGGUGUGUUCGAUCCCUUCGAGUUCGGCAGUGUGUGGGAUCCUUUCUCGGCGCCGGAGAGCGGGCUGUCCCGGAAAUUGGCUGGCGACGCGCACGCUGGGGCGAAUACGCGGAUCGAUUGGCGUGAAACGCCUGAGGCGCACAUCUUUAAAGCAGACCUGCCUGGGCUGAGGAAGGAAGAGGUGAAAAUACAAGUGGUGGAGGGGAAGUCGCUGGAGAUUAGCGGCGAGAGGAAAAGAGAGGAGUUGCAGAAAGGCGAUACAUGGCAUCGGGUGGAACGCGCGCAAGGCAGUUUUCUGCGACGGUUCCGGCUUCCGGAGGGUGCAAACGUGGACGAAGUGAAGGCGCAGGUACAGGACGGGGUUUUGACAGUGACAGUGACAGUUCCCAAGCUUCAGAAACCGAAGCCACAGGUGCGCCAGAUAGAGAUCGCAUGAGGCGUGACACAGAUAUAGAUCACAUGAGGUGUGCAUAGAAACAGAAAUGACAAUUGCUGACGUAUCUAUUACAGUGAUGCCGUAGGAAUAUACAGCAAUCCUCAGCCUGCGUAGUGUUGGCUGUCAAAUGAAGUAAAUGGAACCGAAUGGUGGAAACAAUCUCAAAAGAUGGGGUUCAAAUUCGGUACCCGCCCUAAUCCAUUGCUCAAUUUUUUUGAAACAUGUGAAUAAAAGCAGCACAUGGUACAGAAUUGCUGUGUAGGAGUUGAAGAACAUCUACAUGGCUGGAUCUGCGCAUUUUUCGCUGAAUGUAUUCGCUUUCA